GCCGAUGUCCCGAACGACGGCCCUUCACGUGGAGACCCGUCCUUAACUAGAUGUGACCCUGCUGCUGCACCCGUCGCGGCUAUGUCCAACAACGUAUUCGAGUUUUGUUAGGGUUCUAGUGCCAGGACCUGGUCUUCGUCGACAUGAUAUCUACUUUCGCAGCUUUAGGUUGUGCUGGUCCUAAUGAGUAAGUUGGUAUUCAGGGUUUCCGGAUUCGAAUCUUUAGGGCUGCACCGUUUCCAGGCCCUGAUGCGUUUCACCGUGCUGACGAAACGAUCGCAUGUUUGAGAAUGUGCAGGGAUCCAAUGGAACUGUAAAACUGAAAUUGAAUAAUGAGGUGACAUGGUGAUCGAAAGUUUUUUUAGCAAACUGCUUUUCUCCCGUUCGAUGUUCGAGGAACUCUCUCGGUGCGGCAAUGCGUCAGCAUGUGAGAAGUUCGCCAGGUGUACAGAGCUAUGGAUUUGCUGCCACUUGCAACGGAAGUUCUGCUCUGGAAGAUGGGUAGCUUCCCAUCUUUCGCUUCCUAACUUUCGGUUGCGUGGGGAUGUGGAAGAUGUAGGGUUGCGAAAGCUUCGAACAGAAUGUAUGGUAGCAAAGUUCUGUAACUCCCGAAAACGUGAUUAUACAAGGUGGGUUUGCCACAUCAAUGCGCUGCGCUGCUACCUUGAUCAAAGAAGCCACGAAUCUGUGCAGCCGAAGCAGAAUAUGCCGCAGCGAUGGUGAAACCUCACAAACACAUGAGCUAUAAAAUUCCGCUACGACACUGUUCCGUGCGACAUUCAGUCAUGAGAAUGGAUAACAAACACACCCCUUUUUUUUCCCCUUUCUCUCUCGCUCAAUGCUGCUGCAAACAUGGAAUUGCGAGUAACCAUGAUGCUUCAGCCGUCGUUAGUAAUAAAUUGAUAGUUCCUCCAGCACAAGCGAAGCUUGCGGUGGUUCAUUCUACUAGAUUCUCCUUGACAGAAUCCAAUUAGGGUUUCAUCCUCUCCCCUUUCUUUCUCUUUCUUUUUAUUUAGUUUCCUUUCCAGAGGCUUGAAGAUUUACAGAAAUCUUUGCAACUAGUAUGUAUAUAGGGAAUUGUUGAAUUGACCCAAGCAUUUACUAAAUCAACCCACCCAUCAUAACCAUCAUCAAAAAAAUUCUCCUUUUUUUUAUGAAAACCAUGGAAAAAAUGGUUGGAUUUGCAACUAAUGAUGAUGAGUGGGUCAAUUUAGAACAUGUUU